GUAAAAUUUCCUCAUACAACCUCUACAUGUCUCUCAACGGAGCAGCAAUGAGAAGCAGGACUACAGAGAGAGUGACUAGGAAGCAAGGAAGACGAACAGCACGGACGUGGGAUCACUACAGCAGAAUAGGGAGAAGCAGAGGUUUCCAGCCAAAUUGGAGAAUUGACAAGGCAGCAUACAAUCAAACCGUCCCAUUUUUCUUCAUGAACUUUCCGAGGGACUGGAACCAUGAGCAGAUGUGGAGAACCUUUAGCGGAUUUGGAAGAGUUAUCGACAUACACAUACCAGACAGGAUAGAUAAGUAUGGAAGACAAUUCAGAGGCUCGAAGAAGAAUGAUGCUCGAAAGACUAUCAGCUUUGAAGCAAACAGGAGAGCAGAUAUGUCUUAUGCAGACAUCCUUAGAGGCUCGAAGAAGAAUGGACUUGGGAUAGAAAGAAUCCCAACAAUUCAAGAGAAAUUCUACAUGGAGGGAUAUUUCUCUAUUUCACUCAAACCAAUGGGUGGGAAGCUGGUUUUGCUGCAAUGUGCGGACAGAGAAGAGCUGGAAGACUUAGUAGCUAAUGUAGGAGAUUGGUUAGGCCAAUGGUUCGAUGAAGUGAGACCAUGGUCCCCGUCAAUGGUUGCUACGGAGAGGUUUACGUGGAUAAAAUGCCAGGGAGUUCCUUUACAUGCAUGGGGACCCGAAUUUUCCCAUGAUCUUAGCAUGCUAUGGGGAAAAUUUAUCUCUCUGGAUGAUAGUACCAGCAACAAAAAAAGAUUUGAUGUUCGUAGAGUCCUGAUUUCAACACCCUACAUGGAGAUGAUAUCAAAGAAGCUCACCGUGAAGAUUAAUGGAGAAUUCUACAAUUUACAGUGCACAGAGGAAGAACAUUCCAACAAUUUGUUUACUAUGAGAUCUGCAAACCCCUCGGAUAUUGGAGAUGAAGAAGAUAAUGUCGUGGCACUUUGGCACGAAUGGGAAGAGGAAGGCUUGAAGGAGAGUUGGGUUGAAGAAACAUUACCUGAAAAAAUAGAUUCUCGGUUGAAAAUGAACCAAAAAAGCAACAAGAAGGUGGAUGGAGGGGCAAUUGGGCUAGAAGCAAAUGGGCCAGAAAAGAAAUCCCAUGAAAACUCUAAACAGACCCAAGACUCACUCUUGACUGUUAUAGACCUUGAGGGAACAGAGGAACAGCUCAACAAUGAGGAAAGAAGAGGGUGUCGAGGCAUACAAAAGGAAAUGGAGGGUUUUGAGGUGUUCAUAGUAGAAACAGGGUUGAUUGACUUACCAAUGAUUGGGAGAAGGUUUACCUGGUAUCAACCAAAUGAAAGAACCAUGAGCCACCUAGACAGAUUCUUAAUAAAUGAGGAGUGGCUUGUAACAUGGGAAGGCUUGAAACAGUGGGGUUUGAAGAGAAGCAUUUCAGAUCAUUGCCCUAUGCUUUUGAAAAAUGAGGUGAAGAAUUGGGGUCCAAAGCCAUUUUGCUUCUUUGAUGCUUGGCUAAGGCAUCCGAAAUUCAAAGACAAAGUAGCAGAGGCAUGGAGAACAAAGGAGAUCCAAGGAUCAGGUGACUUUAUCCUCAAAGAGAAACUAAAAAGAACUAAAGUGUUUCUGAAGAAAUGGAGCACAGAACACAAUAGUGAGUUGAACAAAACAAUAGAAGAAUGUAAGGAAGUGAUACUCCAAAUAGAUGUGAAAGGUGGAGCUUAAACAUUAACUGAAAAGGAGCUGGAAUUAAAAAAGAAGAAUGAAAUCGAUCUGUGGAA